CCUAAACACUGCAAUAUACAAUCUUACUCAAGGAACAGUUUUAUAGUUAAUCACACCAAGUUAAUAGUAAACUGUAAUAGUAAUGGAUGUAAACUUAGGUAACUUGGAAGAAGAGGCGUUGAAGCGAAAACAGCGUCUUCGACAACUGAAACAGAAGCAAUCAACCCACCACGACGAACCAACAUUUUGCAAUAUCGCUGCUGAAGAAGGUGCUUGCGUUCCUAAACCAAUAUUUCGGAAUUAUGAGCCCGUAAGCGAUCAAAUCAAUGACCUGAAGGAAAUCAGUGCUGUAAAUGUUGUGGAUGUGGGAGUUGGCUUACAACUUGAGAUGAUGAAAACUCCAAUCGUUAUUGAAGAGAUUGAUAUUGCUAAUUUAGCACCACGUAAACCUGACUGGGAUCUGAAAAGAGAUGUUUCUAAGAAGUUGGAAAAGCUUGACCGUAGAACACAGAAAGCGAUAGCUUCGUUAAUAAGGGAGAGGCUAAGGUCUGCACAAGAUCAAAACAUACUCCUAGCUGUUAAUAUAGGGACAAUCAACGGUGGAGCAACCGAAUAAAACUUGAAAGAGCGAGAAUAAAAGCAACGGCGAG